AUGGCCCUAAGUGGGGAGCUGUUCUCCAGGCAGACUAAACUGGAACACUUGGACUGUGGUGUGAGUGUAAAAGUCAUCAUCAACAAGAACACGUCUUCACAGGCCCAGGCAGCCCUGAAGAGUUAUGGUGAGAACAAUGUCAAUGGCUCCCUUCACCUGCAUUCCAAUGGAAGGGAAAUGCUGAUGCUGGAGGUUGCUAUGAACAAUGAAAAGAGGAGGAAUGCCAGAAUUGUUGAACUGAGGGCUUUUCUCCAUCAAACAGUCCUGACAAAUCCAGAAUCAGUACAGUUCCAGCUCAUGAGCAAGAUAUUUCCAUCAAGACUUCUGUUGUCUUCUGACUUGAAGCUUAAUGAAAAUAGGCUUCAAGUGGAUUUCAUGGGAGCCAAGGAGCAGAAAGUUGGUUUUGUUUUGUCCCUGAAUGGAAGAGUCCAACACACUUUUACUGGAAUAAAGGCCAUACCUCAUCUCCUUUCUCUGGAUGGAUUACUGAAGUGCAAAAACAACAUUCAUGACGGUAACAUCAAUGUGAUGGUCAACCAAAGACUGUAUGGACUGCAAGUCAGGAACAGGAACGUGUUUGGGAAUACCACUGUGCACAAUCUCACUGUUGCCAUGGUUCAGAAUGGCAGUCAGGCAAUCCCAGGGGAGGCAAGACUGAAAGGACACCUGGAACUGAGUAAAGAGAAGAAAAGGGGGCUAGCUAGCUUCCAGGUGGAUGAGAAGGCUCUUUCUGUAGAUUUUUUCAAUAUCAUGGAUCAUGGGCACAGCAGAGUCAGUGGGACUUUCACACAUAAUGUUGACUUUUUAAAAGAUGCAGGGUUGCCUUUGGAUGGCAUUCUUACUGCCACAUGUGAGCAUGGCACAGGAAACCACAGCAUUGCCAUAGCCCUGCAGAGUGGCAGUGACAGGAUGCUUGCUGUGUUUGAGGGGCACAGAGUGGCCACAGAGCCUCCAACAUCCCAGCUGACUGUGAGCUUAAAGCACAACAUCUCAAAGAUCAAGGAACAUGGGAUCCCUUUUGUUUUAGAAGCUGCUGGCUAUUAUGAGAAUUUCUCCAGAAAGAUUGCUGCAGGGAUAACAACCACAGUGGAGACAGAGCAGCUCAAGAUUGAAAUAGAGAAGAAAACCACUGACACUGCUAUAGAAAUUUCUCUUUCACUUCACCAUGAUGUGGGAGGACUGAUGGACAUUGUUCCACGUGUACUAGAGGUUGCUUGCAGUGGAGAAUCUGCUAACAAACAACUUUCUGGCCUUUGCAAUGGUGCAAUUGCAUUCCAUCAUUUUGAGACUCCAGCAAGAGUUUCACUGAAUGGGUCAAUAUUUACCAGCAACUUUACUCUCAUCCUCUUUGGACACAUUUCUUUUCAUGACGUAUUUGCCUGCCUACAACUCUAUGCCACCAGUAACACCCAUCCUCAUUUAGAAAUCGACUUCCAGCAUUCUUUGCCUUCACUUCAUUCUCUGGGAAUUGCCAGAGAGAACCAACUGAAGGUGUCAGCCAUGAGAAGUGACAAGUACAAGGGCAUCCUUGGUAUUGUCCUCGGGCCUUGCACUUUGGAAGCUGAUGGGGAAGUGAGCCUGGCAGGCAAUGAGACAGGAUGGGUACUUGCUUUUAGAAACAAGUGCGUCAGUCUAGAGAGGAUGGGAUUGCCUCGUGCUGCAGUCUUGGGGGGCUCAUUUCAGCAGAACAUCUGCAACGUGGGCUUGUUAAUGAAGCUGCAGUGUGAUGGCAGAGCAGUGGAUGUGCAGAUAGACACCUCCUGCCAGCAUGAAUACACACUCCAAGGGAUGCUCAGGCAUUCGUUUCCCUGGCUCAGCCAGCUUGGGCUGCCUUUUGAAAACUCAAUCCUGUUCUCUGCAGCCACAGACUCCACCACAGAGGGCAUUUUCCUGCUGCAGGCUGGCAGAUGCAGACUGAGGGCUAGAGGGGACCUCUGCAUUCAGAAUAAAGCUGACUGGACACUGGAAACAGAAACAGAAUGCCAACUUCUGCAGGAUCUCAGUUUCCCAACUCAGUCCCGGCUCACAGGAUCCAUCCAGAAGGACAAGUGCCAGGCAGAGCUGCUCUCUGUCCUGGAAACAGGAGGCAAAACUGCCCGGCUUGAAGUGAGAGCAGAGUGCAAGCCAAAGCUGGCUCUGGAAAUUCAGUUCAGGCAUGACCUCCCCCAGCUGAGGGAAAUCCCAAGGGAAAAUGAGCUGUCCAUCACUGCACGGAAACACCUCAGAUAUGUCAUUGGAGUGGGAAUGAAACUGGGGGCCUGUGAGCUUCAAAUGAAUGGGGACUUUGAUCCUGAGAAGAACCGGCAGUGGAAAAUGCUUAUAGAAAACAAAUGCCAAACAAUUCAGGAUCUUGGAGCACCAAUGAAAAUUGAUGGCUCAGGCUAUCUUUUGAUGGAUGAAAUGAACCUAGAUUCACAGACACUGAUCACUGUUGAUGAAAGUAAAUUCCGAGGACUCUUUAUACUAAAAGUCACUGAUGAAAGACAAGAGCUGGAUGCAGUGCUUACCCAUAACAUCCAAGGAGCUGCUGACAUUGGCAUCCCCAUGAGGAUGUUACUUGAUGUGAUAUCAGAAAAAACCAGUGACUUCUAUAAAGGAUUUAUCAAUUUCUGUGUGAACAACAAGCAAAUUACAGAAGAACUGAACUUUGUCCAGAAGUUGGAUGUUGUGUCUCUUAACUACAAACUUACUCAUAACAUAGACACAUUGAAGACUUUGCAAAUAAAAGACAGGAUUGAGUUGCAGGCUAUCUUGAACCUCAAAGUUACCAGGAGCUUUGGUUUGAAAGUUCUUUAUGGUGCUCACCUGACAGUUCUUGAAGGACAAAUUCAGGAGUUGGAAACAAGUACCAACAUAACAGGGAAUUUCCAUCACUCUUUGCCAUGGCUGCUACAAGCCAAAGUCCCAUCAUCUUUGCAGAUAGAUGUGGUUUUCCAAGGGAGAAACACAACUCAAGAGAGAUAUGUGCACAUUGCAGCUGGAGAAACAUCACUCACAUACAUAAUAAACUCCCGUUAUGUUGGCCACCAAGUGGAUCUGUUCUGCCAGAGUGUGCACAGCAGUGAGGUUCUCCAGGCUUCAGGCUACCCUAAGGCAAUCAACUUGAUUUUCAGUGCACAGAAAUCAGAAAACAAAGCCAAGACUGUCUGUGAAAUCCAGUAUGAUGGGAAAGAUAUAACUGUGACUGUGGACGUUGACACAGACUUUGAACUCUCUGGUAUAUUUGUGUUCAUGGCAGAGGUGAAGCAUUCGAUAUCACUUCUCCAUCACCUGGGACUUCCCUUCUUUUUUAAGAUGAAACAUGAGAUUGUGGAAGACAUAAACAAGAACCAGUAG